GUUGAUUGUAGGGAAGUGUUGUAACUUGAUAUAUCGUAAUAUACACCGCCAUAAAUAGUCUUGGUGAAACAGGUGAACGGAACAAAUGACAGGUUAAAACCACGGGUGUCAUCAUGAACUGACCUAUUUAGAUUAAUAUGUACUUAGUGUAAUGGCGGUUGGAAUGUUGCAUUGUCAGCCAUGGACGACUUGCCAUUGGCGUCUCUUGUGGUUAAGAGAGACGAUAUGUCGCACCAUGUGAAGAAAAAAUAUAAGUGCUACAACAAUUUGUAAAAUCCUCAAAUUGGAAGUGGUAUCAGUGAGUGCUAGAAACGGUAAACAUGUCGUGUAAGAAAUAUUCAGAGUAGAACAAAUGGCAUCAUGUGUUCUAGAACCAAUAAACAUAUGCUGCAUUGUGUGAAAAACCUGCAAACUGGAACUAAUUGCGUUAACUUUGUAAAUUCCUGGAUUUAGAAGUGGUAACAGGUGUUUUAGAAAAUGUACAAUAUUUCCGGCGCCAUGCGAAAAAUCUGCAUAGUGGAAUUAAUUUGUGAAUUCCUGGAUUUGGAAGCCAUGGUUCUAGAAACAGUAAGAAUACCCAGUCGCGUUUCCACAUCCAUCACAUCGGCCUAAUGUUAUGAUAUACACAUCGAAGCAUAACGGCCAUGAUACAGCACAGGAUGAUCAUCCACCGAAACUACCUUUGUAUAGCCAAGGCAUGUUUUAUCACGCUCUAUUUAGAAUAGUUUUAAUAGGUACUCAGUUUCCCUAGUCACCAUAACCACAGAGUUUCCAGUAGGUCAAUUAACAUUUUUUGAAUUAUUAUAUAUUUUUUUCAAAAACGGCAAAGUACAUCGCUAGAAAUUUGUGCAGUUUUGUAUUGUAUUGUGCGUGUUCUCAAUGAAGGAUGGUCAGCUGAGACGAUGUACAUGUAUUGUGUGACAGCCCUAUAAUUUACAUAUCGCUCUCUUAGUCACUGGUGAGGAUUUUAUUAUAAACUCCUGUUUUAAGAUGAUAAAAUGGAGACAUUUCAUCAACAAGAUUAAGAUGAAACAGACCUGAGUUUAAAGUUAUAGCAGAUUUUUACUACGUCAUGAUUUUCAAGAACACUGGCAGUUUUCAAUAUUGUCGACUAUCAAAAUAUAAAGCAUUUGUGCUGAUUGUGGUGGUUGUUAUGACCGGGUUGCUGGUAUUUCAAAGUCGCAUCGACUUAACGCAGAUGUAUCCAAGUCGAUUUACUGUCAUCAUGCAACAGCGUUUUAACCAUUCCAUAAAAGAUGACCCAAAGUUAACAACAACGAAGGGAAAUAACUCUCAUGAAACUGGAAACUCUGAAAAAUCUAAAACUACGAUCUCUCCUCGUCGUGCGAGUACAAUUACUAUCGUUAAGGGUGGCCUUACAAAAGUAGUGAUAGCAAACUCUACGAUAAAUAAGCUUACAUCUAAGAUUACAAUGACUACAACAACGACUAAAGUGACGCCUAUUGUUACACCAAACGUUACAAUUAUCGUUACGUCAAGCACCAAACCAAUUGUUCCAACUACUAUGGCAAAAACAAUGACGUCCAGCAUUACAACUACUUAUAAAGUGACACCUAACCUUACGUCCAACGUUAAACCUACAAAUGGGACGAUCGUAACAUCAACAGUGCCGAACGUAGCGUCCAGUGUUAGAACGAGUACACCUGCUAAAGUAAAAAAGAAAACGUAUGUUUGUAAGCAAAUUGGUGCUCGUCUCGGAAACCAAAUGUACAUGUUCGCUACUUCUUAUGGAACCGCAAGACGGAAUAACAUGACGUUAGUGAUGAAAAACGAUGCAACGUUGAGGGCAACUUUUAACAUAGAGGGAGCCUAUAAUACAAAUUGGACCUUGUGCAAGGACGCUACAACCAUUAGCGAACCUUCAUGUUGUCGUGCGUGGCCAAAUAUUUAUAAUGUUUCAAACGAAAAGACAGUUAUAUUGGGUGGAUAUCUUCAAAGUUAUAAAUAUUUUGAUGACCACAGGGACGAAGUCCGUAAAUACUUGACAUUUAGAAAUAACGUCCUAAACGAAGCAAAUAAUAAAUUAACCGAUCUAUUUAAAAAGCGAUAUCCCGGUCAAAAUAAAGAGAAGCGGACUUUAAUAGGUGUACAUAUUCGACGUGGGGACUAUUUAUCAUCCAAUAGUAUAAAGUUUGGUUACGUCACGGCACCAAAGGAAUACAUUUUCCGUGCGCAGAAAUACAUGGAGACUAAAUAUUCUAAUAUAACUUACUUUGUUUGCUCAAAUGACCUCGCGUGGACAAAUGAUGUGUUCAAAGGUCAAACAGACGCUAUUAUAGUUCCUAUAGGACCAGCUCACGUGGAUCUUGCUCUUCUCUCGCUCAUGGAUCACAUGAUCAUGACUGUUGGAACAUAUGGAUUCUGGGCGUCGUGGUUUGUGAAUGGUACGACUAUUUACUUAAAAGAUUUUACUAAACCUGGUUCGAAUUUUGGUAAUCAAUUUGAUAAAGACCAUUUGGAUACCAUACCUCCAUCUUGGAUUGGCUUAUAAAACUUGUUGUGACUUCUUGCCAUUUUAGUGUGUGCCUUACGGUGAUUACAGGUAUUUGCAAAUACUAAAAUAACAAACUGAAUAGCGGAGUUGGCCGAAAUACCCCGACCGAUAUCUUAAAUCAUUCCGUUUCAAUGAAAUUUCAUGGAAAUCUACUGUAAAUCCAGGCUACAUUACAAAUUUAAAAUGAAUGAAGCGCAGUUGGUUCUGAGACUAACAUAUGGUUAUAUUUUACUUUAGAUACGUGUUAAAUGCGUGAAAGGUUCGUGUAGACUGGGUGUUUCGCUUACCCUUUGUGAAACUCACAAAACCCGUAUUUGAAGCUAGGAUGUUCAAAAUUUCAGUAGCACGGCCAAUGUUUGCCAGGGUCAAUUAAUUAUUGAAAAUCCAAGCAUUUAUGUAUCACAAGGUUUCACAAACUCCUGGAAAAUCUCUUAGAAAUAAAGUGAAAGUAAACAAAAUGUAAAAUAUCUUAGCCAAGGCGUGACUGUUUUUUUAUCCGAUUUUGCAUACAAAAUCACGUUAGUGAAAAUUUUAUUGUGUAUGGGUUUGAGAGACUUGUUUAUAUUGCCCUUAAAUAUUCCAGUGUUAUUACAAUAUAAUUGUAUUAUAGUGAGUGAACAUUUUAUUGUGUGUAUGAGUAUAAUUAAUGAUUUAUCUAAUUUAUCUUGCCUUCAAACAUUCCUUCAAUAUAAAUGCAACCUGUGAAAAUGUUGAUUGUAUGUGUGUAAGGGACUUGAUGAUACUAUCUAAUUUAUCUUGACUUGAACGUUCCAAUGAUGUUAUCGUAGAUCUACAUGUAGAUCCGAAGUAUCACGUUAUGAUUUGAAGCCUUACAUAAUAGUCUCAACCACCACAUUCCAGAUUGUAUCCGCAUCAACAAUAACAGAUAAUUAAAAUACAGAACUGACGUCAUCUUUUGAUGUUGGCGUACCAUUAUUUCACAUAAUGGUACGGGCAAUGUGCCAAGCGUACAUUAUUUAUACUAGUUGAAAUAUUGAAAUGCACGUGCUGGAUAAUGGCUUUAUUUUAAGUUGUUUAAUGGUCUCGUGUAAGACAUUGCGUAACAAUAGAUAUAGCCCUCGUGCUAAGCGCACACGUGCAAUAUCAAUCUUAAUGUCUCGCACUCGAUCAUUACACUACGCAUAUUUUAGUCAAAGACAUACAGUUUGACUGCAACAAUUAAGAUGUAUUGCAGACUGGAAAAUAGGGACACUGUCGCAUUUUUGAUUUGAAAGUUGUUGGUUCAAGUGUUGAUCUAUAAAUUCGCAAUAUAAAAAUAAAAAAUUUAAA